GUUUGUCAAGAUUGAAGAACUGAAGUUCAGUUCAUUAGCGUUUGAAUAAGAACUAAUCAGAGUUGGUUUAGGAAAACUAAGAAGGUUACCAUGGUUGAAAUCUCAGAAGAUGAUUCUGCUUCUAAUCUUCCAAUUAUACAUGGAGUGGCAUCACAAAUGGAACCUCCCCCUCCACGUCUACCGCGUUCUGGACAAGUGCAUGGACCAUCAGCAGGGACAGGGAGUACCGCUGGCUCAUCUACACCAGCUUCUGAACCUUCACAUGCUUGUGCCGCAGUUGAAACAUUAGAUAAUAAUCCUAAUGCUGGUGUGAAGAGAUCAAAGGUAUGGGAUCACUAUGAUAUUUAUGAAAAUGGUGAGAGAGCGAAAUGUAAAUAUUGCAAAAAGGCUAAUUACAAGAUUGGUAAGAAAAAUUUGGAUGGUAAGAAACAUGGGACUUCUAAUCUCCAACAUCAUUUGGAUAAGUGUCAGAAGUAUAAGAAUGAAAUGAAUGAGGCUAGAGCUGACGGACAACAAACACUUUACUUCCAGCCUUGCAAGCUUGGAGAGGAACCACAGUUGGUUGGGGUGUCUUUUUCUCAAGAUGCGUGCAGGAGAGCGCUGAUUAGAUUUAUCAAGAUGCAUGCAGGAGAGCGCUGUGGGCGAGACUAA